AUGACCAUGACGGGGCUCACCGCGCUGCCAGUUGAGAUCCUGCACGCCAUUUUUAGUUUGCUUGAUCCCAAAGAUCUAGCUGCGCUGCCUCGUGUCUGUUCCUCUAUACGUGAUAACGUUGGUGGCAACUCAAAGCUCUUCAAGGAUGUCUACAUGAACCACUAUGACAAGCCUACCGACCUGCAUCUUGACUGGAUACAAGAGGUAAAAGAUAUCACAAAGCUUUCUAUAAUAUGCGAAAGAAAGACCUAUAAUGAAAAGGCCGAUCAUAUCGACUUUGUCUACGAUGUGGUGACGCGAAUGCUCAAGAACGCCUCCUCGAAAGGAUACACGACAGAUAACUCAGUAUCCCAUGCCGCCUCAUACAACGCAGACAUUCUCAAAGACAUGUUUAAAGAUGACACAACGCAGCAGGCGUUCAUGCAGCGAUCGUUCCUCUUUGAGCGACUGCGGCAAAGCGCCGCACUCAAGUUCCCGGUAGCUCCAAACCCAGUGCACCAACAAAGCGCCAAACUUCACUGUCUAUAUGGUCAACCGAUACUAAAUGUAGGGCGCUUGCGUUCGUCUACGACUUACCCGUUUGCUUGUUCCAAGGUGUAUGAUCUGCGCGGCUACACAGCCAACUCUCUCUGGGGUCCCUUCAAUAAGGACGGAUCGGGGAAUGUAGACUGGGAGCUGCUCGAAGCUAUCAUGCUCACAAUUGGGUACAAUAUACAUUCGAAAAAGUUUGUCAAGAAAUUAUUCAGCGAUGAGUGGGAUAGCCCGUUUUCGGGGUCCUGGCCGAGGAGUUUCCAUGGCGCGCCGGCGAAAGACAUGUCAAGUUUAGACGCUCGAGACCCCUACGGUGUGACGGGUACUUAUUACCGGGUGAUUUGUUUUCUUGAUUUUAACGACUUUCUUGCAUUCAAUUUCUCCCGUGGGUUAGCUGUACCCGAUGAUACGCCGCGUCUCCCUAUCCGAGUCGGCGAAGCGACACGCCUCAUUGUUAUGCAGAUUCACGUCAUCGCAAUUGAGGAACCAGGCGAAGACGACGGUGCUGAGUUACCGGUAGUACACUUUGAAGGCGUCUCGAAGAUGGCGGACGAGGCAUUUGAAGGCGGUCACAGUAUGGUCCGAGAAAUGAAAGGCUCGGUGCGUCUAACAAAAGAGGGCGAGGUUCACUGGACCACAACCUCCAUAUUCCACGGCCAUGCCCGAUGGCGUAGCGAGGGCGUCCAAAUCGGCGGUGUCCAGUCCGGCCGAGGCGUCUUUGGCAGCUGGGGUGAUAAUGAACGUGGUGAGUUGGAGCCCGUUGGCCCGUCGGCGUUUUGGAAGACUAGCAACGAUGAGCAAACAUCGAGCACUUUGUCUGAUAUACUGCCAAACGGCUUCAUGGCAUACAGCGCUCUGUUAGAGAUGGAUCCAGAUCCAGAGGGUGACAUGGAUUAUAUAACUGCGGAUGACGAUGGUGAUGACGACGACGAGCCACUCGACUUUGAAACAAUUGAAGGCGAGCUUCCCGCUCUCCUCCUGGAUGCUGAGCUUGGUUUACUUGGCGUACCAGUAGAAGACGAUGACGAAACGGACGAUAAUGGCGAUGACGACGCUGACGGUACAGCGAGCUGA